UCGAGAAAAUCAACGGCCCCCGUUUCCAUUUCCACUUACAAAACGACGGGCACUUUCAUCCGUACGAUUUCUCGACUUUGUUCUACAGUCGAUCUGCAGUUACAGUCCAGUCACAGUUCAAUCGGAGUCGGCUCAGCUUCCCUUACAGUGAAGCCCUUUUUUCCCUUUGGAUCCAAUUAUCGCAGUAUUCCUCCGUCGAACUCGAAUUCCCUCUCUUCUUCCACAUGCAGCUCCGUCACUGUCUUCCAUCGGCGAUUCUUCCGGUUUCGGAGCUUCUGAGUCAGCUAAAUCCGUGGUGGUUUGGUUCCAUGUGUUGUUGAUCACCAGUUUUUGUUGCGUCGUUUGCUUUUGGAGAUCUUACUUUAAAGUGUUUCGCAGUGGAGUGAGAGUCGAGUGUGGAGUUCAUGAAGAGUGGGGAUUAGGUUUUCUGUUUGUGGUGAUUUGAAUUUGCGGUUUGUACGAGAGGUGGAUUGAAUUCGUGAUGGAUAUGGACGCUGUAGCUGACUUGGAGUUCCCGCUGGACCUGGAGAUGUUGCAGCUCCCUGAGGUAUCUUAUUUUGCUCUGAAAUCCAAUCCUUAUGUCGUUGAGGCGCUGUUUUCGCAGUGGCUUUCGCUUCCCGGGACUGGCCGACUGGUGAAUUCUUUGAUUACUGAUGCGAAGUCCGGUGCUUCUUUGAAUGUUGGCGGGAACUCUACUGGAAUCGAUGGUGUUUCUAAUCAUUCUCUACCUUCCAUGUUUCCUGGUGGCAGUACACCUCCACUUUCACCACGCAGUGCAUCCAGUUCCCCACGGAUGGUGAAACAGAGGUUUGGACCUUCUUCGUUAGGCUCUCCACUUAAGUUGGUCUGUGAGCCAGCAAGAGAGGCUAUACCACAGUUUUAUUUUACAACUGGUCGUCCAGCACCGAAUGCCACGACAGAAGAUUUUCUAUAUAAAGUGAAUCAAAUUUUUCUGUCUCGUUCGGAUGGAGUGCAAAUAAAGGAGUUUAAAUCAGUCACGAAGGAGAUCUGCAAGUUACCUUCAUAUCUCUCCACUACUCUUUUUAGGAAGAUUGACGCUAACUGCAGCGGAAAAGUAUCGAGAGAGCAGUUCAUUAAUUAUUGGGUUACGAGCAAUAUGUUAACUAUGGAUUUAGCAACUCAAGUAUUUACUAUUCUCAAGGAGCCAGAGCGAAAUUACCUUGUUCAGGAUGAUUUCAAACCUGCCUUACAAGAACUUUUGGCAACUCAUCCGGGGUUGGAAUUUUUGCAAAGUACACCAGAAUUCCAGGAAAGAUAUGCUGAAACAGUCAUAUACAGGAUAUUUUACUAUAUUAACAGAUCCAGUAACGGUCGUAUUACCCUCAGGGAGUUGAAGCGUGGCAACUUAAUUGCUGCAAUGCAGCAUGUGGACAAGGAAGAAGAUAUCAACAAAGUCCUGAAGUACUUCUCAUACGAACACUUCUAUGUCAUAUAUUGCAAAUUUUGGGAGCUUGACAAUGAUCAUGAUUUUUUUAUCGAGAAAGAGAAUGUUAUCAAAUAUGGUAACCAUGCUUUAACAUAUCGGAUUGUCGAUAGAAUCUUUUCUCAGGUUCCAAGAAAAUUUACUUGUAACGUUGAAGGGAGGAUGGGGUAUGAAGACUUUGUGUUCUUCAUUUUGGCUGAAGAGGAUAAAUCAUCUGAACCUAGUCUUGAGUACUGGUUCAAAUGCAUUGAUCUAGACGGAAAUGGAGUGCUCACAAGGAAAGAAAUGCACUAUUUUUUUGAAGAGCAGUUGCACCGAAUGGAGUGUAUGGCUCAGGAACCAGUGCUUUUUGAGGACAUAUUGUGCCAGAUUUUUGAUAUGAUCGGACCAGAGAAUGAGGAAUGCAUAACAUUGCGAGAUAUUAAAAACUGCAAACUUGCUGGACAUGUUUUCAACAUCCUUUUCAAUCUCAACAAGUUCGUUGCUUUUGAAAGUCGUGAUCCAUUCCUAAUCCGUCAGGAACAUGAGGAUCCAACUUUAACGGAAUGGGAUCGAUUUGCUCAUAGAGAAUAUAUUCGUCUUUCCAUGGAAGAAGAAGCUGAAGAUGCUUCAAAUGCAAGUGAUGCCUGGGAUGAGUCACUUGAGGCUCCUUUUUGACGUAUGGGCGACGUAAACACAUAAAUAGUACUCUGGUUGAUCGCAAUAUUGGAUGUGAGACGAGAGAUGUGCUUCGCACCACUACAAAGUUUGGCCACUCAAGAAGUGUACAUUACAUGAAGUUUCCCUGCAGGCUAGGUAAGCCCACCCGGCCAUGUGAGACUAAAUUCAAUGCUUUGCAUAUUUCCAUGAUAUCCUUUUUCCAUUCUUCUGCUCAAUUCUUUAUUUGCAGCAGCACCACAUAUCUCUUGCUUCUUCGUUGUUCGUGUUACUGUUGUAAUUGAACGCUUAAAGCUCUUACCAAUCGAAUUUGAUGUUGUUUCGUUAGAUUCCUAGCCAAAUUAGCACACCUAAAAUUGUAUGUCGAUCACAAUCUUCAUCCCGAAAUCAAUGUAUAGCGUCGACACUUCUCCUUCC